ACUCUAUGUUUUUAGUAAAACAUAUAUAAAGUGUUGAUAUGUUUGCCAUAAAGUUAUCAUUUAUUAAAUGGCAUUGAAUUUGAAGGAUAGCUGACUCACGAAAAACGCAUUACAAUUGUAUUACUAUUUUGAUUACAAAGUGAUUAUCAAAGAGAAGUGUAUUUUGUUUUGUUUAAUAAAUACAAGAAAAGUGAAGAUCAGUGAAGACAACAAUUAACCACAAGAAGUGAUUAUUAUUUAUUGUGACAAAUAUAAAGACAACAACAAAAACGAUGAGUUUUAACGACCGUUUCGAUCGCUGGAAUCGAUUGACUCAAUUGGAUCCCGAGUCACGUUUGGCCGAAUUCCGCAAACGAUUCGACGACUUCGGCUCACAAAAACCGUUGUUUGCCGACAACCAUUCGCCGAAGUUUGGUCACCGAUGGCCACCACAUAUGAACGGCGGCGUCAAUCAAUCAACGAGAUCGGCCACACCUGAAGCUGACGAUAUGACCGGAAUUCCCAUAAAAGUAUUUCACGAGAAACCAACCGACGAAAGACCAAAGACAAGAGCGUCGACUGACAGAAACAGCGAUAUGUCGUCAAACGCCAGUCAUAAAAGUAGUGAUACCUCUCAUACUGGUGCCAGUGGUGGAAGUGGUGCCAGCGCUGCCAGUUCUGGCAGUGUGUUUGAAUCGAUGGAUACUGAAUCGCCGUCAUCAUCGCAACCUCGAGUCCAUCACAUACCCAUCCGAGUGGAACCGCGAACCGGAUCAACCAGUUCGGGAUAUACAUCGGAAAACAAUGCAAACCAUCAGCCAUUGAGUCGUUCGUCCAGCCAUUCGAGCGCAGCCAGCGUUAGCAGCGCUGGUCAGACAUUGCGUGGCGAAAAACGAUCUCCGAGUCCGGCCAAUAGUGUGUCUUCUGGCCAUUCAGUGAAUUCGGCUAAAUCUGGAAAUUCUGCGAAAUCUGGAAGUUCUGGUACCCAAAAGCUAGCCGAUGGUCAACCGGCACGUGUUCAUCAAAUUCCCAUUAAAGUCGAGCCGAACUCACCCAAGAAAACUGCAGUUCCCGACAGUAAUAACACGAAAACCCAGACCACUAAUACAGCCAACAAAGCAAAAUCGGGACCAUUUGUAACCCGAAUUCCAGUUUCACAACAAACCACUGAAAACAUACCACCAAAAUCUGAAUCGCCGGCGAAAAGUGUCGAAAAAUUAGAUUCUAUGGAACAAAUUAAUUCAAUAUUAAGUGAUGUCAAGAAUUUGGAGAUAGAGGUGAUUGGACUAAAUGGACCGUCCAAUGAAAAGAAGUACCGAUUUUUGGACGAAAUGCUGACCCGUUGUAUGAUUAAAUUGGACACUAUUGAAACAGAUGGCAAUGAAGCCGUCCGAAAGGCCCGCAAGGAAGCCGUACUCGCUGUUCAUAAAUGUAUUACUUUGUUGGAACAGAAGGUCGACAAUAAUAACAAUCAGACAAAUCUAAUUAGCAAUGAUAUUGAACCGAUGGAAGUGUCGUCGACAACGGGACCAAAUGGUGAGGCCAUUAGUGAGCAAAAACCAACUGAACAGAUGAUAGCAAAGCAAAAAGAGAUGGAUAUGACUGAAUGUUUGUCUGAAAUCAAUGAGAAACAGAGCCAACAAAGUGGUGAUAACAACAACAAGAGCUGCAGUCAAAGUCAGGAUAAUAUUCAAAGUAUUAUUAGUCCUCAGAUUAAUAGUCAGCCAAAAGAGACUGCUGUCUGAAGUGUUGAAAUUUGUCUAAAAAACUAAAAAUUUUUUUGUUUUAUAUAAUUAUUUAAUUU